GGAAUGUUCUUUGGUUAAUUUGUAGGUCAGUGAGUUGGAAAAAAUGGAGAGUUAUGGCCAUAGGAAAGUGUUUUGGUCUUCUGUUUCGGUUAACUUGAUGGCACUGAUUACUGGAAUUGGUUAUUCCUGGUCAUCACCAUGUAUCCCAAAGUUAAACGGAAGCAUUGACCCUGACCAUAACCCCUAGGACGACCAGCUACCUUACAGGAAAUAUCUUGGAUUACUUCUCUGCAUGCCCUAGGAUCUUUAUGCGGACCUUUAUUUACAGGAGUGGUGUCCAGAAAACUGGGAAAAAAGUUAACUUUGAUAAUAUUUUCUCUGCCACAGGUUGCCUCCAGCAUAAUUCUUAUAUUUGCAUACAAUGUUACACAUUUUUAUAUCUCAAGGUUUUUGCUUGGAAUUGGAACUGGAUGUGUGUUUUCUGUAAUUCCGUCCUACAUAGGAGAAAUAUCGCCUACGUACAUGAGGGGAAGAACUAGUAUGCUUAACUCGGUUCUGCUAACGGCAGGCCAAACUUUGGUGCUGAUAAUUGGACCAUUUGUGACAAUAAGAACAAUUGCUGUACUGACUCUUCUAGUUUCAAUAGUAUUUUUAUUUACUUGUAUUUGUUAUGUGCCCGAAAGUCCAUACUUUUAUGUAAUGAACGGAAAAGUGGAAGAAGCUAAGAAAACGUUGAGCAGUUGGGGUAGGCGGGAAAGUUUAGAUAAAGAGUUACUUGAAAUAACAACAAUUUGUGAGCAAUCAGCAACGGAACAAAGCUUCAAAGCGAUCUUUAGUUUGAAAAUUUUAAAAAAGUGUUUGGUGAUUUCUCUAGGAUUAGUGACCUUACAAUCUUUGGUUGGAAAUCCAGCAAUAGUAGCGUACCAGCAAACUAUUAUAGACACUUCUAAAAAUAACUAUAUCUCAGGUGAUACUAGUGUUAUGAUCAUAAGUAUAAUGCAACUAAUAGGUACAUACUUAAGUACUGGCCUAGUAGAUAAAUGGGGAAGAAAGCAGCUGCUUUUUGUCUCUUAUGUGGGGUUGUUAAUUUCUUUAGCUGGCUUGGGGGCAUAUUUUUACUUUUUUAAUUUACAAUAUAACUUAGAUAGAUUUUUUUGGGUACCUUUUGCCAGCGUACUAAUGUAUAUAGUGUUCUACAAAGUGGGUGCUGGACCUCUACCAUGGACACUAAGUGGUGAGAUCUUUCCUCCAUCAUUUAAACCUCUUUUAAGUACUUUAACUGCCCUAGUCAUGACCACAGUAAACUUUUUAGUUACCCUUGUUUUCCCGUAUAUGUCUGUUUAUCUGGGAAUGGCUUGGAGUAUGUGGAUUUUUGCAGCAUUUUCAAUAUUCUCGCUGUUUUAUAUUGCUCUUUAUUUGCCAGAAACUAAAGGAAAAAGUCUCGUUGAAAUACAAAGGAUGCUCUUAGAAGGAAGAAAAAGAAACUUUGAAUUUGUUGGGGACCAACUCAUUAGUUUAGAAGAGCAAAAACUAAAUGGUUUUGACCAAUAACAAUAUCUAGUUACCUGAAUUAUUAUUUAAUUUAUUUAUUUUUGUAAAACAAUUUAAGUAUAUUUUAUAAAGAAAAUAAAAUUCUUAUUACGGGCUGUAAAUUAAAAAGUUCC